AUGGCCAAGUUCAGUCAAGACGUCUCUUCUUCUCGCUCCAAAGCUAGAAAGGCUCACUUCGCCUCCUCCUCUGCCACCAGAAGAGUGUUGAUGUCUGCUCCUUUGUCCAAGGAGUUGAAGGAGAAGUACAAGAUCUCUUCUUUGCCAAUCAGAAAGGAGGACGAGGUUGUCGUUGUCAGAGGUUCCAAGAAGGGCUCUGAGGGCAAGGUCGGCUCUGUCUACAGAUUGAAGUUCGCCAUCCAGCUCGAGAAGUUGACCAAGGAGAAGUCCUCUGGUGCUUCUAUCCCAAUCAACAUUCACCCAUCUAAGGUUGUCAUCAACAAGUUGUACUUGAGUGACGCCAGAAAGGCCUUGAUUGAGAAGAGAGGUGGUAAGUUGGAGUAA